AAAAAAAAAACAGGAGAAUCAGUGCCAGUUCAAUUAAGCAGCCAAGGAUACGUAUACAGGCUCAUAGCUUACGCCCACAUCCUGUUCGAUAAAAUAUCACAACAUUAACUCUGUUUUCGCAUCUCAAUUUCACUUAUAUCUUUCAAAGCAAAAUGAUGAUAUACGAUGUUUUCCUGGAAAUUCUCAAGAUUCAAAAGUUUCGACGGGUGAUAUCUUAUACUGGAUUCUUUUGCUUUUCUGCUGCCCUGAACUACUUUUACACUAAUAACACGAAAAGAGCUGGUUAUUCUAAUGCUGAUCAAUGGUAUGCAGCAUACCCAGCUGGGACUGAGCUUUUAACAGACGCAACUAAGUUAUAUAAAGCCGCACUUGGUAACUGUUUCGAAAUUGAGGAAUGGGGUCCGAUUGAGUAUUGCAUCAUGGCUAAACACUUUGAGCGACAAGGGAAAUCACCUUACGCUUACCAUUCGGUAAGUUAUUGAAGAAAUACAUGGCACACCUUCUUUCUCAAGGACAGCUUGAUGGAAGUGGCUAGAAUGGAAUUACCAGUCUAUCGCAUAAUGAACGAGUAACAAUUUGUUUGACAUUACACAUAUGAAAUUAAAACCAUGGAUGCAGUCGGGUUUAUCUUUUACCAUCAUAGAUAACCUGAAGCUCUAGUAUUUGUGAUGCUAGGACUGCUGUGCUGCACUUUUCUUUUUAAUUCGAUCUUCUUCUUGUUUCGCUCUUAUUGUACAUUGGAAUCCUGGAUGUUAUGAAAUUGGUUGGAAUUAGAUUGAAGAGAUUCACAUGCCA